AAAUAUAGGACAAGAAGGAUCUUCAAAAAAUAUCUCUAACUUGGAAAAAAAGAAUAUUGUUCCUUCCUUCUUCCACCAGAAAACUCUAUAAAAUCACACCGCCGCCAUAACAACCACCAUCUGAAUCUGAAAUGGGUAGGGGAAAGGUAACGUUGAAGAGGAUCGAGAAUAAGAUCAACCGGCAGGUGACUUUCUCUAAAAGAAGAUCUGGAUUGUUGAAGAAAGCUCAUGAAAUUUCUGUCCUUUGUGAUGCCGAUGUCGCCCUCAUCAUCUUCUCUACUAAAGGCAAGCUCUCCGAGUUUUCGACUAAUUCUUCCAUGGAACGGAUACUUGAGAGGUAUGAAAGACUCUCAUAUUCAGAAAGGGAGCUUACUGAAACUGAUCAUGAAUCACAUGGAAUCUGGACAAUGGAAUAUGCCAAACUCAAGUCCAGAAUGGAGGGUUUGCAAACAACACAAAGGCACAUUAUGGGAGAAGACCUUGAUUCCUUGAGCUUGAAAGAGCUUCAAAAUCUGGAACAGAAACUCGAUGCGAGUCUUAAACAUAUUAGGCUGCGAAGGAACCAGUUGAUGUUUGAAUCAAUUUCUGCGCUUGAGAAAAAGGAUAAGGAAUUACAGAAUGAAAACAAUGCUCUUUUGAAUAAGGUCAAGGAAAUAGAGAAAGAAGUAGCCCGACAAGCGCACAUCGAGCAGCAGGACCGACAUAACAUGUCAUCGUAUCGUUUUGGUACAUAUAUCAGUGCUACAUAUCAGGCAGGAGGUAAUGGAUUAGUAGAAGAAAGUCCAAGACAAGCUCAACCAUCAAUAGUCUUGCCACCAUGGAUGCUUCAGCAUAUUAAUCAUUAGUGAUUUUAUAUCAUAUUUUCCCUUUCAAGGUUGUUUGUAAAGAUAAGACCCUAUAUUUCAUCAACCGAUCGAUCUAGAAAAUAGAUAUAAUAGCUACCUUGUGGACGUAAAAUGACUUAGAUGAACAGCAAUCGCGUGUUGAAUGCGUAAUGAAAUACCGUAUUUAUUACAAUAUCACUUCUGAAUGAAA